AUGGCGCGUGUACCGGUCAUCGGAAGAUUGUUCUGGUUCGAGUACUUGGCUCUCUUCGCCUCGUUGAUUCUGGUCCUGCUAGAAUAUUUUAUACAUAUCAUAACCUUCUGUCUUCCGGAACCGAUAAUCACGUUUUGUUACGAUCGGUCCAAAACGAUAUUCAACAUUUUCAUCAGCCCGGAGAAUGCGGGCAAGCGCGGUAAAGAAGAGCGGCAGGCCACGGCGGUUGCACAAGCGUCGGACUUUGUCGACAUCUGUUCCCUGUUUGGGUACGAGCCGGAAGAGCACAUCGUCCAGACGGGCGAUGGCUAUCUCCUUGGCCUCCACCGACUGGCCUAUCGGAAGGGAGAGGAGGGUGUGCGCGUCAACCAGGGGAAGGGCGGCGUGAAAAAGAAAGUGGUCUACCUGCAUCACGGACUGCUGAUGUGCAGCGAGGUCUGGGUCUGCUUGACGGAGGAGCAGCGAUGUCUGCCCUUCCAAUUGGUAGAGAGGGGAUAUGAUGUGUGGCUGGGGAACAAUCGCGGCAAUAAGUAUUCGAAGAAGUCCGUCAAACACUCCCCUCUGUCCAACGAAUUCUGGGACUUCUCGAUCGAUCAGUUUGCCUUCCACGACAUCCCCGACAGCAUUAACUACAUCUUGGAGGUGACGGGGCAGCCCUCUCUGUCAUAUGUGGGUUUCUCGCAAGGCACGGCUCAAGCGUUCGCGACGCUUUCAAUCCACCCGACGCUGAAUGACAAGAUCGAUGUCUUUGUGGCUCUGGCACCGGCAAUGGCGCCGACGGGCUUACCGAAUGCGCUCGUCGAUUCGCUCAUGAAAGCCUCACCGAACUUUCUGUUUCUCCUGUUCGGCCGCCGCAGCAUCCUUAGCUCGACGACGAUGUGGCAGACGAUUUUCUAUCCCCCCAUCUAUGUCCGCAUCAUUGAUACCUGCGUCUCCAUGCUUUUCAAUUGGAAGUGCAAAAACAUCAGCCGUUGGCAAAAGCUGGCGGGGUACCUGCAUCUGUUCUCCUUCACUAGCACCAAAUCAGUGGUCCAUUGGUUCCAAAUCAUCCGGCACAAAAACUUCCAGUUCUACGACGACGAGAUCCAUGCACCCUUCAGCGUCGUGGCCAGCGAGCGAUUCUACAAACCCGUCAAAUACCCCACGAAGAACAUCAAGACGCCGAUUGUACUGCUGUAUGGCGGCAGCGACAGUCUUGUUGAUAUCAACGUGAUGCUGAAGGAGCUACCGCGCGGGACCAUGGCGAAGAAGAUUGCCAAAUACGAGCAUCUGGAUUUCCUGUGGGCGUCGGACGUGGAUCAGCUGGUGUUCGGUCAUGUCUUCGAGGCGCUGGAGCUGUACGACCGGAAUAAACCCACCAGCGACGCAGCGACGGUGGAGCAGAUGAACGGCCACAUCGAACACACAGUUGCGGCCUGA